AUGGCAAAGACACUUUCACAAGGUAGGAAGCCUGGCAGUGGACGUAAGCCAGGUAAAGGCAAGACAUUAAGAAACGGUAGGAAGCCUGGCAGUGGCCGCAGGCGGAGGGACGACGAUGGCAGUCCAUCACCACCACAACCACCGCCACAGCGAUCCGUCAAUACGGGUAGUACAUAUGGUAAAACUACUGCUGCAGCUGCAGCUGCAGCUGCAGAAGCAGCAGAAGCAGAAGCAGAAGCAGAAGCAGAGGCAGAGGCAGAGGCAGCAGCUGCUGCUGCUGCAACAGCAUCCGCAUCUGCCGACGACACCACUGCUAAUUCCUCAAGCACGACUAGUGCAAAAUCACAGGUUUCUUCUCGAGAUUUAGAAGCUAUUGAUGCACUCCGAGAGUUGAACAAUUCUCCACCAGAACCGUUGACACCGACGUUAACGCCGACACAAUCGAAGGGAAGACAUACAGAAAUCGUACAAAACCAUACUAAUGAAGGCCCAUUCGUAACGCAUACACGAUUACUCUCAAACCCUUCAGCAUCUUCGAAUUCGAAUCCCUCCCCAGCAUGGAAUUCAUUAGCACAUCCUCAACCCGUUAAUGGAUUAGUCGGUAUGAAUUCAAUAGGAUUGUCGGAAACUUCAACUCAACAAGAUCAAAACCAUACUCAUAGUCAUCACCAUUCACAGUCCAAAGAGGGACCUAAUGGACUUUUAAUUAGUUCGUACAUAUAG